UUGACUUAAAGUUGCUCGGGGGCAGGGCAAGAAAGUUAUCGAUUAGUCUCGCGCUGACCACCAGCUGCAAGAAAAGAAGGAAAAACGACCGUGAGUUGCUGUCCUCAGUAAAUCCCAGCAAGAAAUGGCGACCACCAUCAGAUUUGGAUCCACCAGCGGUCCAUGCAAGACAGCCUCUGAGGAGAGAGCACAGUUGACAGAGGAAAUAGAUGAGAAAGGAAAGUGUGACCCGGAUAGACUAAUGCAGUGCCCUUUUGACAAGAACCACCAGAUCCGGGCCUGCCGCUUCCCUUACCAUCUUAUUAAGUGCAGGAAGAAUCACCCGAAACUGGCCAGCGAGCUAAGAACCUGCCCCUUUAACGCUCGCCACCUGGUUCCCAAACAUGAGCUGGCAUACCACACUGAAACCUGUGAGGACAGAAUUUCUCUGGAAAUUGAAGAUGGUGAAUAUCCAAACGAACACUGCAAAUUACAGGUGCCAGUCAGCACUUGGGUGAACCCAAACAUGACUGAAGACUGGGAUACAGAGGCUGAUGAUAAUGCUGCUCCAUUUGUUUGGGGUGUAACCACGUCCCUGAAUCAAAGAGUGGAGACGGCGAAGCCCACCAACAACCUUGGUCCAAGUUUUAGGACUCCUAACAGCCUCCCAUGGUCCAUGGACAUAUAAAGGAUUUUUACUGUAUACUCAAUAGAACUGAGUGUAGGCUUAUUGCAUGCAUGCAUGUUUUUUUAAUUUGUUCUUAAGCGUUUGAAAUUUUGAAGUUGUUCUCGGGCAUUUUAGUGGCAUUUACACAUGAGCCUUGUAUUCCCCACUGGUUCAAAUGGCACUGGUUGAACAUUGUGUGCUAGUUCAUUAAAAGUGUUUGGUUCAAAUAAU